AUGGCGGGCGACCACCGCCUCCUGCUGGAGAACGCGCGCCAAGUGGUGCUGGUGUGCGCCCGCGGGGAGCGCUUCCUGGCGCGGGACGCGCUGCGCAGCCCGGCGGUGCUGGAGGGCGCCAGCCUGGUGGUGGGCACGGAUGGGUUGAUAAAAGCCAUUGGUCCUGCUGAUGUUAUCCAAAAAGAGUUUUCAGAAGAAACAUUUGAAGAAAGAAUUGACUGUUCUGGGAAAUGCAUCUUACCGGGUUUGGUGGAUGCACACACACAUCCAGUAUGGGCUGGUGAAAGAGUUCACGAGUUUGCAAUGAAGUUGGCAGGAGCCACAUACAUGGAUAUCCACCAGGCUGGAGGAGGGAUCAACUUCACGGUGCAGUGCACGCGCCAGGCCUCGGAGGAGGAGCUGUUCAGCUCCUUCCAGCAGCGGCUGCAGUGCAUGACCAGGGCGGGGACCACGCUGGUGGAGUGCAAGAGCGGAUACGGCCUCAACCUGGAGACAGAGCUGAAGAUGCUCCGUGUGAUCGAGCGCGCCCGGCGGCAGAUGCCCAUCGGCAUCUCCGCCACUUACUGCGGGGCCCACUCAGUGCCAAAAGGAAAAACUGCUACUGAAGCUGCUGAUGACAUCAUCAAUAACCACCUCCCGAAGCUGAAGGAACUUGGCAGAAAUGGGCAGAUUCACGUUGACAAUAUAGAUGUGUUCUGUGAGAAGGGUGUCUUUGAUCUGGAUUCUACCAGAAGGAUUCUACAAGGUGGAAAAGAUAUAGGGCUACAGAUUAACUUCCACGGGGAUGAACUCCACCCGAUGAAGGCUGCGGAGCUUGGGGCUGAGCUGGGAGCCCGGGCAAUCAGUCACCUGGAAGAAGUGAGUGAUGAAGGCAUUGCUGCCAUGGCAGCAGCCAGGUGCUCCGCUGUCCUUCUGCCCUCCACGGCCUACAUGCUGAGACUGAAGCAGCCACGGGCCAGGAAGAUGUUAGAUGAAGGAGUAAUAGUUGCUUUGGGCAGUGACUUCAACCCUAAUGCCUAUUGCUUUUCAAUGCCAAUGGUCAUGCAUCUGGCCUGUGUAAACAUGAGAAUGUCCAUGCCUGAGGCCUUGGCUGCUGCCACCAUCAAUGCAGCUUACGCACUGGGAAAAUCUCACACACACGGGUCUUUGGAAGUUGGCAAACAGGGAGAUCUCAUCAUCAUCAAUGCAUCCAGAUGGGAGCAUUUGAUUUACCAGUUUGGAGGCCAUCAUGAAUUAAUCGAGUAUGUGAUAGCUAAAGGAAAAGUCAUCUAUAAAAAAUGACCAAUCUUAAAGGAAAGAGAAGACUUCAAUUGUAUAAAAUACAUCAAUACAGUUAUGUUAAAAGUUAAAAUAUCUUAGUAGUUUACCAAAAUUAUGUCACUUAAACCUAAAUGUAUUUCAGUGUUUUGUUAAUCCACUCAUAAAACCCAAGGGAUUAACUUACUUUAAUUUAAUAUGCACCUGGACACACAAAGAGGUAAACCAAUUGUGAUGACAAUCUCAAGACAAAUUAUUUCGCAAAGAUUUGUCAUAAAUAUUCUGAAGAUGAAUUAUCGCAAGAAUGUAUUUGUGGGGGGAAACCAGAUUGACAACUAGGUAGAUGUGGCUUGAAAUUUGCAUUUUGUUUCUGUUUUUUAAAUUUUAAUUUUCCAACAAUAUUUAGUGACUAUUGGGGGAUAGAGGGAAAUCCAAGUGAUAUGCCCCAGAUUAAGCUUAAAUGUAGCUUUCUAUAAGAGCAAAUCAUUUUUCCUGUUCCCACCCAGUUUGUCUGUCUAGCUGCUCUCCGAAGGCAUCCGUGUGUCCUGAGGAGAGCGUCCUUCCCCGUCUAACUUGGCGACCCUCGCUGGAAACGACCUCACAGCACAGCUCACGGCUCGUCGCUUUACAUACAGGCUCGGGGGCCUUCCUGUAAUGGGUGCGUUUUGACCAAAUCCAAUAAUGUAGUUUUUUAAAAAAUCGUUUUUAAGUUUUUGAUUCUUCACAUUGCAAAUGUAUAGAAAACAUGUCAUAACGUUUAAUAAAUAUGAGCUGUCGCUAUUAUUAUUGUUCCCCUACGGCCCCGAAGGUAGAGCGGCGCCUUGUCUA